ACACACAUGCACACAUGCACGUAUUAACACCGUGUCUUCUGUUCGUCGCGUGGAAAAAGUGACAUGCAUGAUAAAUUUCGAUAUACUCCAGUAUGUGCGUUUGUAUUGGAGCACCAGACAAUAUAGAUGUGUGGCAGGUGCAAUGUUGCAUCCCCCUGAUGCGCGCGACUACGUUUAUAUAGUAGCUCUAAUGUCAUACCGAAGGCUACUUCUUAGUAAUUCACAAAGGGUUCACUCUUCCGUGAAGUACAGUAUAUGGGUACUUUCCAGGCGAUACCUAGCACGUACCUUGCUAGAAAAAUAUUUGUAGAGACUUGGUGGAACGAGAGCAUGGCUUCUGGUGCAUCAUCCUUGGGUAGCGCUGGAGGUAGUGAUGGAGCAAUAAAUAUGGAAAGAGACAAUGGAGGCUACGGGAGCGUUGGAAAUCCUGUUGGGAGUCCUGAAUGUCGUACCGAUUAUGAGGGCUUACAAGCUCAGUGUGAUAAAGCAAUGCAUCAGCUUAAGUUACUUAGGCAUAAGCACUCCGAUACUGUUAGACGGUGUGAACAUACUAUGAAAGAAUUGGAGUAUUAUCGUGGACAACAUAUAGCAGUCAUGAAUCAAUUAGAAGCGACGUCCCAAGAAAGUUCUGCUCUCCGUGGAAAGUAUGGAGAUUUGGUAAAUGACAAACAGAGACUGGACAGAGAAGUGCAAGCAUUACAGAAAGAAGUGUCGGAAUUGAGAUGUCAGAAUCAAGAAGCUCUUGUUUCCGACAGCAACAACGGAGAUAUGAAUCAGCAUUAUUUAUCUGCGCUUAGAAGAUAUGAGGCCAUCAAGGACGAAUACGACUCGCUUAGAAAGCGAUACGAUGAUUUAAUAGCAUCUCAUUCCUCCGUUGUUAACAAGUUGGAAUUAUCGCAAGAAGAAGCUGCAAGAUUGAAGAAACAGUAUGAUGAAAUUCUCCAAGAACGUAACACUGCCGUACGUGAGCGUAAUGGGUUGAAACAACAAUGUACCGCUGCCAUAAGGCAGUGGGACAUUGCGUUGAGGGAGAGGAACGAGUAUAGAGAAGCUCUUGCUAAAAUGCAGCAACAACACGAAGAAGCGGUGAAAGAAAUUAAUCAAGCUAUGGUGUUACGUAUGAAAACAAGCAAAGAUAUUAAGCGGCUUACGGAGGAAAGGAAUGCUGCAUUACAAGAAUAUAGUUUAAUUAUGGGUGAAAGAGAUACCGUACACAAGGAGAUGGAGAAACUUGGCGAUGAUCUGACCCAAUCGUUUACUAAAAUCACACACUUAGAAAAUCAAAAUAAACAACUCGUUGACGAGAAAAAGACACUGUCCUAUCAGAUAGAAACUUUGAGGAGAGAAAUAUCGUCUGCUCUUCAAGACAGAGACGAGUCUUUAAAGCAGUGCAAUGAAUUACGUCAAAAGUUCGGUGAUUAUUCCGAAGGUGCGAACAGAGACUACAAGAAUCGUUUGGAGUUGCAUUCUUAUAACCGAGAACGAGACAAUGCGAGCAAAGAGGCCGAACGUGAAACAAACAAUGGAGAUGCAAAGAGAGAGAAAGAACGUAUGGACAAUAUAGACCAAGCGAAUUUAGAAUUAGACAAGCUUAGAAAAUCGGUAGACACGUUGCAAGCCGAACUGGAGGAAGCGAUACAAGAGGCAGAAGUAUCCAAACGAAGGAGAGAUUGGGCAUUUAGCGAGAGAGAUAAAAUAGUACUGGAGAGAGAGAGUAUAAGAACUUUAUGCGAUAGAUUAAGAAAGGAACGUGAUCGUGCUGUUUCGGAAUUGGCAGGCGCUUUGCGUGAUUCUGAUGAUAUAAAAAAACAACGAAACGAGGCUUCGAGAGAGUUGAAAGAUUUAAAGGAGAAGCUAGAGUCUGGCGACGCAUUGAGAGCAAGUGUCUUUGGGCAAGGUCUUGCGCAUGGUCACGACAACACUAUCGACGCGGAACCCAACGAGUGGGAAGUACUUACUAUCCAUAUGGAUUUGAGCAGACUCGUGGAUACUGAUCGUGAUCUGGGGAUAAUGUUAGUGGGGGGACGUGAUAAUCCAUAUUACCCUAAUGAUACGGGUGUUUAUGUAGCACAAGUUACACAAGGAAGUACGGCUGACGGCAAAUUGAGAGUAAACGAUUGCAUCAUACGUGUGAACAACGUUGACUGUGCCUCGGUAUCUUCAAGAAUGAUAUUAGAAACGCUACGUUCUUGUGCCGUGAGUCCGACAACGUUGACUAUAAGAAGACGAAGAUUAAGUAGAAGAUCGUUGAGGACUAUACAGUUACCUGUCGGGUCUAUUCCGCAUGGAAUCGCUUUGGAGCUUGGUAUAUACAUAUCAAAGAUAUCACCUGGCAGUUCAGCUGCCAAAGAUGGAAAUUUGGCUGUUGGCGACAGAGUCUUGAACAUCAAUAGCAAACCGAUGGAAGGAAUCAAUUCGGCUCACGAGGCAAUGACUAUCUUGAACGACAAUACAACGGAUGUAUUAACGAUCACCACGCUUAAGGGAAUUCCUUUAUCCUCUGCCACCAGUUCGGAAACGAUGCCGAUCAGUGGCAGUUUUGCAUCGGAGAAGCAAAAGAUGGUAAACAGUUGUUCGCAAACCGACCAUGAACGAUUGAUGUUGAAAACAACGUCGGACGACUCCGACAGAAGAUACAUUGGCUCGAACUUCGGAGACAGGAGCGUUUACAAAGUUUCGAAGUCUGUUAGCGGGGAAAAGCCAAGUGGGAUAAGCAACGCUUGGGACAACAUAAGAGAAAAGAUCGAUUUCGUGAGGGGCCGUAAACCUAGCAAAGAUCGGGAUGACAAGAAGAAGAGACAUCCCAAUUCAAGUCCAAAUACGUUCGAACAGGAACAGGAUGCGAUAGCGGAACUCGAUUCGGUUAUAGAGAGUUAUCACAAGAAAACGACUAACGGCGUACUGAAAAGAAGUAAACGUCGUGGGACAGAGAAAAUGGAGAAAAACGGUGGUACAUGGCCCAAGGCUAGAGGUGGUCCAUUGAUACAAAAUGGUACCGGUACGAUAUUACAUCCACGUAAAACGAAGGAAAGGCUACCACUGAGCGUACUUCUGAAUCAUCCGCCAAAGUAUGAUAGUUACAACUAUAAUCGUAUUUCCAACCCUAUCCCCCUAGCUAAUUUCUCUAAUGUCAGUAAUCGGCAUACCGUAUACAAAGCCGUAGAAACACCGUUACCAAAUUUCAGCAAAUCGGGACAACUCUUUGGUCAGAAGUCCUUCACGCCGGCGGUACAGUUCAAGGAUAUUACGAUAGAUAAGAAAGUGACGAUCGAGAUUGAGAAUACUGAUAACAGGCUUAGCUCGGCUUUGGCGCCGUCCGAGACUAGUAUCGAUGUCUCUGUAAAGUCUGCUAAUAUCGCUCGAGACAUGGACUACUUCGCUAAAAAGAAAGCGCAGAAGUACGCUAUGAGUAACGAUAGCCAGGUAGAAACGUUGCAACAUAAUAGAGCGCACUCUCAACUCUAUUCGGGAAUUGGGUCAUCGACUUCGUCCACUAGUGGACCUAGACAACAGCUAGCUGGUAAUUUCUCUUUUCCCCCCUACACGCAUUUGCAUCCGCAUCCACACCAGCAGAACUCUUUACCCUCGAGAUAUCCAUCACCACCGUCAUUGCCGUCUGCACAAUCCGGAGAGUCUAUAGGACUUCCCGAUGCACGAUCCUACUGUUUCGAGCCUCCGUAUAGUCCGGGCCCGCAAACGGGUUUUGGUCAUUUGCACACACCCUCCGUAGAUUUGCAUUACCACAAACCUCGUGCUCCACCGGUCGGCAUGGCAUACGAUGUGCCAGCGUAUACUCAUGGAUACGAAGGUGGUACGUUUCCAAGAAAAAAAGAAAAUCAACGUUUUCGUAUACCGUCCAAUCCUAGUGUUACAUCAAAAAACAGUGUUGGCAAACUUUCGACUGGGAGUAUAGAAAGAACGUCGGAGAGAGGCAGUCCGAUGCCAACUUUUCACGUGGAGGUUCUCAGUCCUGGAACGGGUAAUGGUAGUAGUACCGGAGGAACCAUCAGAGGAGGCAGCAAUAGCAAGAGAUCGAGUAUGCCGGAUUAUUGUUACUCUCAACCUCGACCAGCUCCUGGUGAAUUACGUAGAGUUCACAUAGACAAAUCGGUCGAGCCAUUAGGCAUACAAAUUUCUUGUUUGGAAAGUGGAGGAGUUUUCGUUUCCACCGUCAGUGAACAUAGCUUGGCGUCCCAAGUUGGUCUUCAGAUCGGUGAUCAACUUCUAGAAGUAUGUGGAAUUAAUAUGAGGAGUGCUACUUAUCAACUAGCUGCCAACGUUUUACGCCAGUGUGGUAAUUCCAUAACGAUGUUGGUGCAGUACAGUCCAGACAAGUACAACGAACUUGAAGGAUCAGCAUCCUCUAGUUCUUCGGAAGCUGGUGGUGGAGAAGGUGGCACCAGAAGUGGCUCACCUACACCAUGUAACAGUCCUGAAGUUCCAAGGAAAACGACCAUCGAACCUUUGGAAAAUGCCGAACCUGAACGUGACACUACCACCACUACUACUACUACUACUUUAUUGAGUGUAAAACGUACAGAACGAGAUAUCAGAAAUUCUGCUUCGUUGGAAGUUAGGUCUACGCAAGAAAGAGAACGUGAAAUCAGAAAUUCAGCAUCUUUGGAUAUCAAUAUUAGAAAACCUGAACUACGUAGUUCGGCUACUCUCGACAAUAUGCGCAAUUCCGCGACUCUUGAUACUUUACGUGUAACUGGGAGCACGCUAACGCGUGCACAACUUAAUCAGGCUGCGACAACGUUGCAGAGACAAAAUGCAACUGUGAGGAGCCCGACGCAAGAAGAACAAAAUCGUAAAAGUCCAACUCCAGGUGAACCAAGAUAUUUAUUCAUUGAAACUAGGAAGUGUUCUAACUUAGGUAUAUCGCUCGUGGGAGGCAACGGCGUUGGUAUAUUCGUUCAUUCCGUGCAGCCUGGCUGUUUGGCAGAAGAAGCUGGUUUACGUACUGGUGAUAGAAUUUUGGAAUACAACGGUGUAGAUCUGAAACAAGCAACCGCUGAACAAGCCGCAUUGGAAUUAGCAAGACCAGCGGAUAAAGUGACCUUAAUAGCUCAAUAUUUACCACAGCGAUAUAACGAAGUCAAGGAUAAACCUGGUGAUAGUUUUUACAUCAAGGCGAUGUUUGAUCGAGUCAGUGAAAUGGGAGAUAGUUUGCAACUUCAUUUCAACAAGGAUGAUAUUUUGUAUGUGGAUAAUACUAUGUUCAACGGUACACCUGGCCAUUGGAGAGCUUGGUUGGUCGAUCAAACAGGAAGGCGACAAACUUGUGGUAUAAUUCCAAGCAAAUUCAAAGUCGAAGAAGAAUUACUUUUGCGUCGAUCUUUGGGAGAUAUAGAAACGGAUGCUGGCAGACGUGGUACAACCAGCGCACGUAGGAGCUUCUUCCGUCGAAAGAAACAUCAACGUUCGUCCAGUAGAGAUAGUAAAGAACUAUCUCAUAUUACUGGAGUAAAUAUGGGCUGGUAUAGCGAUAGUGGAACAUUGAACGAGGAAAGUCUUCCAGCUAGUUAUCAGCGUGUCGAAAGACUCGAUUAUCCAGCUUUAAGACCUGUAUUAAUAAUUGGUCCUCUGAGCGAAUGCGUUGUGACAAAAUUAUUACAAGAAUUUCCUGGACAAUUUACAAGAUGUCUGGCAGAAGCUAUGCACUGUUCUCAAGCGACACUCGAACAAGGCUUAAGAGACUCACUUUACGUGGACUACAGGAAGAAAGGAAGUUAUUUCGAAUGUACCACUGUUCAAGCUGUCAAAGAUAUUUGCGAAAAGAGCACACACUGUAUCUUGGAUAUAUCAAUCGCUUCUAUCGAGCGACUUCAUAGACAUCAGAUCUAUCCAAUAGUCUUAUUGAUCAAAUUUAAAAGCACUAAGCAAAUAAAGGAGGUAAAAGACUCAAGGUAUCCUAGCGAUAAAGUCAGCGCUAAGGCUGCUAAAGAAAUGUACGAGCAAGCGCUUAAGUUAGAAGCUGAAUAUAGGCAUUUUAUUUCUGCUGUGAUCCCAGCAGGAGUGAACGUUGCCUAUAUAUGCACACAAGUCAAGGGGGCCGUUGAUGAUGAACAAAGUAAGGCACUUUGGGUUCCACGAGGACUUCCCUGACAUCAGAGGGGGGGUCCCCGUAAACCACAGUGGAAAUCAAUAUAAUUCCACCAGGGGGCCCUUACGUCGUGCAUGCUUAAAAAAAAAAAAAAAAUUAUGCUUUCAAACAUUUUUAUUUUUGGUCUUUUAUCGAAAAAGAUACAUACAUAUUUUCUGAAACUCGUUCUCAAAGAUUUUCACUUAUCGGGGUCCCAUUUUUGCGUUCGGUCUCACUUUUAUGUUGAAUUAAUAUUUCAUUGAUAAUAGAAAAAUUAUCAGGGCUUGUUUAUUUAUUUAUUUAUUUAUUUUAUUUGAUUUUUUUAUUUUUUUCGUUUUCUUUUACAUAGGUAAUUGCGAAAGAAAUGAUCUCGUAAUAACAUCACACUCAAUUUUAAAUGUAUAUAAAUGAUAACUGUGCAUAUUACUUUUGAAUACAAGUUAUUAAAAUAAUGAAAUUAUAUGAUGGGACAUUUUUGUUCUUUUUUAAUUCAUUACUUUGAGUUCUGGUUGAUUUAAAAGUGUAUUGGAAAGAUCGAUUUAAAGAUGUAUUGGAAUGAUUGAUUGGAAAUUGUAUUGAAAGGAUUCAUUGGAAAUAAUAUUUUAGAGAUUUUAUCAGACCAUUGAUAGGCGAAAUUUGAUAUCCGUCGUAUCGUGGCCCGCUGAUGGAUGAAUAUCGAUCAGACACACAAUCGUUUAGUUAAAAAAUCAACUGCUGUCGUGCCUGCACCCGUUGUUAUAAACUCUUCGAAUCAAUUUUAAUAUCUGGAAUAGGAAAGAGUGAUUGAAAAAUGAACUUUUAUAGUUCAUAGUAAGGCUGUACAAACAACAUGAUGUAUUUUAUGUUGAGAAAGAGAUACUUAUUUGUAUAUAAUUUAUCUAAACAAGAUUACACAAUAUUUUCUUAUUAAGUAUUAGUUAAUAAAUAAAAAGUAGUAUUAGAUUAUAUUUUAAAUAAUAUUUAUAUGUGC